GGGCUGUUUUUUGUUUGUUUGGCUCAUCACAUCAUCCAUUGUAGCGGCCGUUCAUCCUCGAGGCCCACGCUGAGCUUUAACCCCGGUUACUACAGCAACAAGGAACCAGCGGCAGCGCAUGGAGACGCAGCGAACGCAGCGGAGUCAGUGGGAGACCCGCAUCAUUCAAAACCUGCCGCUGCGACGACGAUGUCUUUUCCUUUUUAAUGAGAACUUUCUCUCUGUGUGUUUCAAUCCGCGCGACUCGGCAGCGCGGGCGCGGACUGCCUCGACGGCCGCUCUCCUUCGACCUUUCAUGCAGGUGUUCAUGAAGUCUUCGCCACGUGAGGACGGCCUUCUGCGGGCCACACAGGGCAUGUGCGAGUGUCUCACCACCGUCGCCGCGGCGUCGCCUUCACGCGGUAGUGGUGCGGCGUCCUCGCAUGUGUGGGCGGGCUGGGAGGAGGGCCUGGAGGUGCUUCUUUCUUUUCUAGAGGAGCCGCGGGCGGUGUCCGGUAGGCCGAGUCCGGUGAGUCACGACGGCAGGAUCGAGGCGAACCCCCAAACAAACGAGUCUGGCGCCGUGCGAGCUGCUCCCGCGCUUGCGGGUGUCUGCACCGCCGACACCACACACGAGACGGACGCGGAGGCGGCGGUACGUCAGCUGCUGUGUGACUUGGUCCGGCACCUCUACGACUGCGGAGCUGCUUUCUAUGCUGCGGCGAAGGUGAAGGCUCGGGGGACAACCGCAGCAGCCGCAACACUCAAACGUCGACGAAAGGAGGAAACAGAUUCCGUGACUGGUGUGGGAGGUACGGCUCAAAGGGCGGAUGGCGCGGCUGAUGUACCGCCGAUGCGGGUAACGUGGAGCAUCGCUGCGCCUGUUUCGAUGCUUUUGCAGGAGCUUUACCAACGUGAAUAGGCUGUCGUGUUGCCUAGGAGGAAGGCGGUGUGCUUCCUGCCUUUGAAAAAUAUCAUCGCUGUUCCCGCACAUCGUGUUAGACAGCGCUGGGAACCGAUUAUUAUUAGUUUUUUUUUUUUUGGGGGGGGGGGUGGGGUGAGCGUGUAUGUGCUCCGCGUUCUCUUGUACCAUAAGUGUGAAAGAGGCCAAGGUACCGCGAUCUGCUAGGUCAAACAGCAUAGAACAUAAUGGUAAUGAUACUAAUUCAGCAGGUGGUUCAACGGCAAGUCUCUGGGGUUUUUUUUUUCAAAGGAGAAAACAGUAAAGUGCGUGAGCAAGAGAUGCACGCCACCGCGUUGCCUCUGAGAGGCGCGAAGAUUUCUGCCGCUGUCGGCCGUACCUUUUUGGAGGGGUUCGAGGGAGGAGCUUGCAGAUACAGUUUUCUCUCCUGUUUGUCGCAAAGCUCCACACACGCAUUCUUCUUCCUCUCUCUCUCUCUUUCCUUGUCUCGCUCCGCUGUUAGAUCAUCACUUCUUUCUCCAUUUCCAUCUGGCUACCAUAACGCUCUGGCAGGUUUCUGUUGUUUUCUGAAGGUGUCUGUGCCUUUUGUAUGUGUAUGUGUGUGUGUGUGUGUGACUCGUGGCAACACAUAGGUGAGCCGCCCUAAUUAACCCCCCUUUUUCAGUUUUGGAAGGUCAACUCCACACAAGUAGCCCGGCCCAAUGCCCACCCCAACCGUGGAGGACGUCUUCGUCAGCUGCCUCUCCAGCAGUGUAACGCAAGGCAUCCGCGCCGAACACAUCAUGCAGGCAACAAAAGCGUGGCUGACCCAACACGAGGUGCUGCGCUCCACCACUGCGGAGGACUUCUUUGCGCAGCCCGACACCUUUGGCUGGAGCGCCGCACGAGAGUUCUUAUUGUAUUGGAUGGACGUGGUCACGGGGAAGUUUUUGAAGUUCGCGGCGAGCGAGUACGCGUACUUCCACCUCCCCGCAGAGGCAGACACGAUGUGGCUCACCGUCAAGACCUCACAGCUCAUUAAGCUGGAGCACCUGAAAAGUACGUUUCAGCAGCAGCUGCAGCGGCUAUCCGCCACGGAUGCCUCACUGCCGUGGCGGUGGGGGAAUGAUGUGGACACCGUGGCCAUUCUGCACGCGUUGCUGUUUGUGCUCGUGUACUACGAGCGCACCGCUACCGCCGCCCGCGUCCUCGAGCCACUCUUCCUCGCCAUCGUACGGGAGCAGGAGGAGAUUUUCACCGUUGUACCGCAGCUGCUAUCGUACUUCCUGCCGCACAUGUCCUUCCAGAACAUCGCCUUUCCUGACCGCAUCGCACUGCUGAGCGACCAGCUUGCCCAUCGCGGCUUUCAGUUCUCGGCGGGCUUCACCUUUGUGAACCCGAGCUCGGCGCCGCAGGUCGUGGACGUGGCGCCGAUGAAGGUAGACGAGGUGCUGCGGCGCGUGCGAGAGGUCUCGGACACAACCGAGGUGCGCCUCCGCAGCCGCAUCGAGCACGACAACGGCGACCUCACGGAGGAAGACGGCCUCAGCCUGAACAAGUAUCUGAGCGCCAUUGUGCGUGUAUGUCGGCAGUACUAUGUGCGCUGCAAACAGGCCUCCAAGAAGCAACGGAAGAAUGGCGAGAAGUUGCUCAAGCUGAUGCCGUCGGACGUACAUCAAGUGAUGAAAGAACUCCACUCGAUGCUGCGCUUUGGACCUGUGUACAGCGCCCGGUUUCAGAACCUUGGUCUUUGGAAGGACAUCUUGAUGAGCAAUGGGUGGGUGCCGCUGCAGGUCGUCGACGGGCAGCUCUCUCUGCUGCCGAACAGCGUCAUGAAAGACUUGUCAUCCAGCGAGCGGGGGGAAAUCGUGGAGUCACUGCUGCGGCAACACGACAACUUCCAGCGCUACCAGGUGGACUUCUGCGCGGUGCGCGGCAGCGCCUUCCACGGGCAGCGGUGCGCACGCAGCGUCUACGGGCACGCCCUUUUAAACCCCCCGCUUUACCGCCACAUCAUCUGCCAGCCCGAUUGCUUGUUACGGCCGAACGACGAGCUGGCCAUCGCGAGCUUGCCGCUGUACGGGUGGGUGGCACUGUCUGCGAAGCCGCAGAAGUCACUCGACGAACACAUGAGCAUCUUACGCCUCUUCGACAACAUCGCGUUUUGCGUUGUCAUGCCCGCCGAGGCGAUCGGGGCCUUCCGCGACUACGACGAGACGACGCCGCAGACGAAGAAGUACGACGAGAAGCUCCGCAAAAAAGUGGUGUACUUUGCGGAAGUCUAUCUGCGUGCCUUAGCUCGCGACGGCGAGGCGACGGUGCUCGACAUGGACGGCAGCGACCUCACCUUGUCGUCCCCCAGUGUGACCAGUCGGAUGAGCUCCGCUGUCAGCAGCCUCAAUUCCCGGACUACUCUUCCUCCUCUUCCACCAGCGUCAGCAGCGGCUACGCCAAGCACUGCACCAACCGCUCCUGGCAGUACGACGGAGGUGUACAGCAGCUUUCUGGGCGAGGCAAGCUCGAAAACGCAGCGUUGGUACGUGUUUCCGCAGUACUACGUGAAGACGCAGCCGAAAGGUGCCUCCGCAUCUUCGUCACCAUCACGGCCACCGGCGUCAACCGAGAAGAACAGCGCAGCCGCACCGCAGGACACCGUAGUGGACGUGCAGCUCGAUGCGGUGCGCCGGCGCGCGCCACAGACGAGCUUCCACCUUGGCGUCCCCAAACUGUUCUUCACCGGUCGCCUCGCGGAGCUGCGCGAGCUGCGCCCCUCAGAAAGGAGUCGUCGCAACGCUGUGAUCUCGCACGGCGCCGCGGACGAGGACCACGAUGGCCGAAUGGCGCACAACGGAAACAAAAAUAGUGGCACGGACGGUGGGACAGUGACCAGCGAGGAGGGCCCGACCGAAGAUGAGGACGACAACGAAGUGGUGGCGAUGGGCGAUGCACAACACGCAGACGAUGUAAGAGAAGGCGGAGGCGCGCAGCUCGCGCGCUACCGUGGCACUCCGCGAGAGUUUGACGUGCCGACGGAUGACGACGGCGACAGCGACAACGCCGUGCCGCCGACGCUCCCGCUGUGCGAGUACACCGUCGUCACCUCGCGUGCGCCGCCCUCGCUGCUGCCGUCCGUCGUUGUGCGCGCUAGAUUUACAGAAGAAGAGGAGGAGGUGGUAGCCAUUGGCAGCCAAGGAGCGGAGCGCGGCAGGGCGGCGAUUCGCCUGUCUGCCCACGAGCCAGCCUCAGCGCUGUACCGCAGCUGCUUCCCCCCCUCCCGCAUGCAGUCGAUCUUCCGCGACUACGCCGACGACUUCCUCAUCAAGGAGGAGGUGGUACACGCCGGCGACGCGGCGCUGGACACGAUCGCGGACGCGGCGGAGUGGUCCCGUGCGGCGAACAGCCAAGACAAUUCCAAUUGGGGGCGGCGGCUGGGCCGGUGGGGCGUGCCGACACCGUUUCUGCCGCCGUCGCAUACCAACGCCACCACCCACGCCGCCGCCGUGCCGCCAACAGACAGCAGCGGCGCGGCGGCGUCCAACGUGGCGUCGCUGCGCGAGGCGCUGGCGAAGUUCAUCGCAAGUGAUCAGUUGGCAUGUGUGCUGGAGGUGCGGGUGACGAACGAGGAGGGAGUGCCAAUAGACGGGAGCCGAAAGAGCAUCGAGGAGCUGAAGCUAUUCGCGAAGGAGCGGGCGCUGACCUACGCGAAGGUUGGCAAAGCGUCUUCGUGGGACCGCCGGCUUCAGCAGCAGCACCAGCAGCAGCGUGGGUCAGUGAGGGAGAAAGACAGCGCCACGAGUUCGCCCACGGAAAGCGGUGCCGAUGAGUUGGGGGGUGUCGUUUCCUCGUGCGACAGCGGUCUUGUUGCUCUCGCACAGGCAUCUUCACUGACAACGUAUGCGUCCCCGUCUCCCGGACCGGGUGGCGGCCCCGCCAAGAUCCUCGACCUGGAGUUGAUGGAGUUCCGCAAGCGCGUGAGUUGGAGCGUGCGAGAUCUGGAGCACAUCCUCAACGAACUCCAGCUCUCCGCAAGCGACGUCCCGUACGCCACCCUUACCACCGCCCUCACCCGCGAGUGUGAAGACCGCAGUGCCAAUUACGAGCUGUUGGAGUUCAUCGGCGACGCAGUGAUGGACUUCUUGGUGGUGGCGGAUGCGUGCUUGCUGUCCCAUGCCGCCUACCAGCGGCGGAGGGCAGCACUGUCCUUCGCAGAAGCCGCUGACGGGGCCGCAGAAUCGUCGAUGCCUUCCUUCUCGCUUAGCAAGUGGGCCCCCGAGGCGUCAUGCGUGCCCCUACCGCCGAACUGCUGGGAGAGCAGCGCGCAGCCCUUGACGGCGGUGAUGACGGACCGCGUCACGUCGGUGCUGUGCCGAAACCGCGUCAUCGCGGAGUUGUUGCCGCCGACCGUGGCGCGGCACUUCAGCGAGGAGCACUACCCGAAGCUGGCCAUGAAGGUGCGCGCCGACGUCUUCGAGGCGAUCAUCGGAGCCGCCUACCGCAGCGGCACCGGGCUGGACCGCCUGCGACUGCUGUUGCGCCGCCUCUUCUCCUUUCUCCCGGCAGCCACGCGAGCCGCCGCCGCCACAGGGGCGCCAUGCCGGGCAGAGCUUCUGGCGGCGCUUCAGAUGUGCCCCUACCUGCUCGAGGCAGACGCGUUGUGUGUGGAGAAGAUGCUGAGUUACCGGACGAAUGAACUGCUGGAGCUCGCGCCCGCCCUGCGCGAGGUGGACGGUGCGGCGGCUGCCACGAUGAUGGCGAAGGAGGCGGAGGCGAACACGCAUCUCGUCUCCUCGCGACUACCGCGCAUUCAGGCGAAGGAGUACGCCACGAUGUUCACGACAGGCAGCGCGUACUCGUACCGCCGCCUUUUCUCCUUCGACACGGUGCGGGUGCACAACCGCAUCCUGCACCUCUUCAGCGAGAAGAGCAUCGGCUUCCUGAACGAGAUCUUCACCAACACGAUCCACCUUGUCCUCGACAUCGACAAAGUCGCCCUCCUAUCGUGGGGGCUGCUGCGGAUUAUGUGGGAGUGGUACACCGAUCGCUACCGCUGCCCAGCUGGCCUGUUUGCCCUCGACUGCAGCGGGCGGACGAUGGUGAACAAGGAGUUGAAAUGGAAGGACUCCUGCCACAUCCACUUUCCGCAGGUCACGGUGAGCGUGGAGACGUGGGACUCGUUGGUGACCGACAUCCGCGACACGGUGGUGGCCGCCCUGGCUGAAAAGGAAGCCCGACUUCAGCAGACGUUCACCGCACACGCGCACGAGUACCGGCUGUGGCUGCGCAGGGGCGAUGUGCUGAAGGCCGUCGAGGCCGUCGGUGGGCAGCCGCGACCGCACCUGUGGAGUUACUGCGACGCGGACUCCCUCUUUCACCUCUCCCGUACCUGUCGUGGGGUGCGGCAGUCGGUGCUGGAGCACGUGGCCUACGCCACCCACACCUUGGAGGGCAUGGCGAAGUUCGCCGAGCUCUCCAGUGCGGACGACAUCUUUAUUGGCGACGGAAAUGCAGAGGAGCUGGUCGUCGUGGAGCACCGGCCGACGCAGCACCGCUUGAUUUUGCCGCUGCAUUGGAUCGCGCAGUGCAGCCAACGCCCACCGUGCGCGGUGUACAAGCCGAAGGAGACGUGGAAUGACGUCAUCGACCAGGGGCUUACGAAGAGCAAGAAGCUCCGACUGUACCUCAAUGACAAGUGUGAUACGAUCUACGGGGUGGAGAGGCGGCCGUUGGUGCUGGACACACUUCUGCUGGCCCCGUCCUUCGCCUCUCCGCCUGCGUCCUCAACACAAGACUCGCGUACCAAGGUUUACGACAAGGACCGCAGCAAUGGCGCACGCGGGCAGGCCGCCGCCACGCAGCAGCAGCAGCAACCACAGCCGCCACCACCACCCGAAAAGAACUUCGUGCUUUAUCGGCCGCAGCGCUUUGACAGGCCCCCGGUGGAAACGACGGAUCUCUUCUUGUUGCACCGCACCCGGCAAGACACGGCACGGCAGGAGGGCCAACACACGAUACGCCGUGAGCAGAGCAAGCGCUUGCCUGGUGCGGAGGGCCGUUGCGGGGCGGCUCGCCACGUCGAGCCAACCGCGUCGACCCCCACCACGGAGGAGCCCCCGAUUCGGCCGAUGGAGAGGAGCGCAGACGAGUUUGGCGAUGACUUCGCGGAGGGCUGGGUGGUGGAAUGCGCUCACAGGUCUACGCUGACCCUGUCAUCGCUGCGCACGAGCGAGUACCGCGGCACAGACGCGAGGACGUACACCUCGUGGGUCGACUGCGCGCCGCGGAGCACCGACACAACGACGCUACCACCACCGCUGCUGCUGCCACCGCUGGACGGCCACUCCGACAUUCUCCCGUCCUUCGACGACAUAUACGAGCGCCGCGCCGUCCUGCCGGGGCAGCUGGAGGAGUUUGAGUGGGUGGCGUGGUUUAACUUCUUCAAGAUGCGCUCGCGCGAGUACGUGAUGCGGGACGACAAGGCGUCGACGAUCCGGGUGUGGUCGCCGUCGUGGUGGGCCUUCAACCCCGCCCUGCAAACCGCCACCUUCUGCAUCGCGACGGAGCCGGUGCUGCGUCUGCGAGGUGCGGACUCCUUAGCGAUGGCGCUCGCCCCGGCGGCGCAGCUGGGCGGCGGUGGCGGGCUGGAGCGAGUGGCGCAGCUCUUCAUGCCGCAAAUCUCCACCCGCGGCAAGACGCCGGUGAAGGUGAAGGACAACCUCGUCUUUUUGCUCUUCCCGGACAAAACCGGCUCACUGGGAAACCUGCCGGUCAACGCCGCCCCUAACGCAUCGCCCGCACCUCCUUCUGCCCGAUCGCCGCCGACCCAAGGACAGCAAGAGACCAAGACAACAGCUCUCACGUCACUGGCCGCUCUCCCGGGAGAGCCGUCACGCACGGCUUUGGCGACCACCGCCACUACGCGCGUCACCUUCGGCGCACUGCCGAGCGUCGUUUCGUUGGCGGCGUGGAUCGACACGCAAGCGAGCCCUCUCUCCCCCGCAGCGUGGCUGCGCCGUGCGGUGUCGUUUGUUUUCCGCGCCACCGCCGCUCGCACGGAGUUUGGGUGUGUCCCGCUGGUGCUCUGCGCUACCGCAACCGUGUACGCCGAAAUGUGCCUUGGAGUGCGGCAGGAGAGCGCAGGAGAGCUGCACGACUGGCUGCCGUUUGUGCUCCCCUUGCAGGACACCAGCUACGUCGCGCAGUGGAUGCAAGAAGCACGCAGCAGCCACCGCGGAGCGCCGCGUCACAUCUUUGUGGUUACGCCCCCCACCACGGAAGGCAAAGCAGAUGGUCCUGUGUUUACCCGAGCGGUGUUUGCGAAGGACGUGCAGACGUUCUACCAGAUUUUACGCACACAGGUGAAGGAAAGCGCAGCGGCGCAGCACUUCUUCUACGUGCGCACGGACUGGGUGCGACGGGAUGUGCAGGCAGCGCUGAGCCAGUCCGCACGGGCCAUCUAA